AUGCCAAUGCUGCAUCGGGAUGAUGCCCCGGUGGCUCGUCCCGUCGACCGGGCAGGACUUCUCAGGGCACAAAGUUGUGCUCUUUCGCCCGUAAGAUCGCACGUAAGAAGACGGGAAACCUGCCGUCGUGAGUGGGUGACUGCUUUAGCGAGCCCACACGUCAGCUUCUGCUACAACCCAAGGGCUUAUCGGAGCUUUCUUUACGGACGUUAUAAUUCAACGACUUGUCUUCGACCUGCGUGCCAUUUUUUUCUUUCCUAG